GAAUAGUGUGUUUCUGAACGGAAAUAUGAUGGUUAACCGCCAUUUUUGUUAGGUUUGUUGUUUGAUGCUACGUGUGUUUAUCGGGGUGAGUUUUGGUAAUUAAUUACAUCGAUUGUUGUUUCAAGAUCAGUGGUGAAGAAUGUCAAAGAAGUUUAGUUUAGGUGAUAAAGUCUUUGCCAAAGUGCGUGGAUACCCUCCAUGGCCUGCAAAAGUUGUUGGAGUAGCAGAUGCAACUGUGAAUAAAGCCAAGUAUCAUGUAUCAUUCUAUGGAACUGGAGAAACUGCUGUGUGCAAGGUGGAGGACUUGUUCUUGUAUGUGGAGAAUAAAGGAAAAUAUGGUAAACCACUGAAAAGAAAAGGCUUUAAUGAAGCUCUCGCAGAAGUGGAGCAAAUACUGAGUGGGGCAGUGACUGAGAAACCAACCGUAUCAGCAGCAGCAGCAGCAUCAGACAUUUCUGACACUAAGCCAACAGGUGGAGUUGAAGAUGCAGACAGUGACCAUGAAUUUGCACUUGUUAUUGAUGAAACACCACAGCAUACAACACCUGCAAGCAAACAAAGUCGUUCUGCGUCAGCAGAUGAAAAAAAGAAAGCUGCUGCAAAACGUAAACGUGAAAGUGAAGGCACUACUGAGCAUGAAACAGAGGCAAAACGUGCAAAGCGGGGUUCAAUUCAAUCGUCACGAAAGUCAGCUUCUAACACUAGCGAGUCUUCUGUGAAAUCAUCAGAGCAAUCUCUGGCUGCAGCUGUUGGAGCUAAUGCAAAUUCUAAUACUCUCAGUGCUGCGACACAGUCUCCUCCAAAACAAGAACUUGUUAGUCGGUCUGGACGAAAGAUCAAACCUAAGAAGUUUCUUGAUGAAGAGACUUUUGAAGGAGGACCUGGAGGCGUUCCAGAAACAAAUGGUAGUCCAAAGACGGUGACAGCAUCUAAAUCUUCAGCAGAUGGAGAUGGAAAACCAGGAUCGCUUCGUGGUUCAAAGAGGUUGUCUGUUAAAGGCAAUGUUGCUGCUACUCAAAGUGAACAUCCUAGUCCAGCUCCUGAUGAUGAACAUCCCGAGGCUAAUGCACCACCAAGUGAAAAGAGGUCAGAGCGGAAUGCUGCCUUCAAGGCUGUUGAUUCUCAUCCUUUUACAGCUUUGAUUUAUAUGGCAGGUGCUGAAGCAGCACAGGGAGCAAGGAAAGAUGGUGAAGUGGCAGCUGAUGAAGUGGAAGGAGAUAAUGUGAAUCCCAAUCCUUAUAAAGGAGUGGUGUUGAUAGCAAAGACUCUUUCAGGGCAUGUUGUCGAAAUAAAAGUAGACCAGGAUCGCCCGAAGUCUUUCAAGAAUGAGAAGGCUCGAGUGAUGUGGGAUGAGGCAGUAUACCGAAAUGCACUCCGAUUGAAAUCACAGAUUGAGAGUGGAGAGUUCAUUCCUGAAGACAUCAAGAAGCAAAUAAAACGUAAUAUCCAGUUGAAAAACGAAGAAAAAUUAAUUCUCAGGAAGGAUCGUGUUAUGGACCGGAAAAAGAAUAAGCUGAAAUGGCUAAAAAUGGAAUCUCGCCUUGUACAAUUGGAUGCACUAGUUAAAUGUAGUCUUGGUUUGACUAAGGCUGAUCCAGACAGUUGUUUGACUCAGCUGGAUGAAAUCUCAACACUGACAAUUGAUCCCCUUAUGCUGAAGAAACAUCCACAGGUUGUGGAAACUAUCAAGAAGCUGAGAAGAUACAUUGGAAAUAUUUCUGAAUGGAAUUAUGAUGAUGAGCAGAAAACAAAAUUUGCAACAAAGGCUGGUCAAAUAAGAAAAAAAGCAGAUCACAUCUAUAAUAGGUUUAAAACAAUGUUCACCAUCCCAGAAGGUAGAACUUUCUGGCAGGCAUUUGCUGAUCAUGUAACAUUAUUCAAGCAACAUACAAGUCAUCUCAGCCCUGAUAAGGUUUAUUCACUCACUGUGGACCCAUUAGUAAGCAAAACCAUUCCUGAAUCGGGAUCAUCAGAAGGAGAACAAACAGGAAAUCAUAAAUCCACAGAUGAAGGGGCUGAAGAAGAUUCUGAAGAAGAAGAAGAGAACAGAGCACCAGAAUUGAAAAAGCUACCAAGUCGGGAUGAAGCAAGACGAAGAUGAAAUUGCUUUGGCAGUGCAGGUGUGAUCAUCCAACAUUUCAGUGACCCAAAACUUUGUUUUUAAGGUAGCAUAUGCAUGUAUGUGUGGGAACAAUCAUUGGAUAAAGCAGUUGUCAUUCACAUUUUUUGCCACAGUGAUGCCCACUGUCAUUUCUUGUGACUCAUUAGUACAUUGAUAACCCAUUUUGUUAACCGGAUAGUCUGUAGAUGCAGAUAUAAAGUUGCGUAGCAUUUCUUUCUAGUUGUGUUUCAUAAUAAUGAAAAAGAAUCUGUUUUAUGACUUGACCAUUCUAUCUAGUAAUAUGUGUGUCAGUGGUACAGUCUAUUACUGAAUUUUGAUGAAUUUAAUUAAUUAGAAUUUUUACAAACAUUGGGCUUGGAACAAUACUUUCAAAUAUUAUUUGUUUUAUUUGGAGUGCUAGCAAUAUCUUAUCCCAUAAGUAUUCACUGUACUGGAAAACUGUUGUCACAGUUUAUAUAAUUUAAGAAUGUAAACAUUUCGUUUUGUAACAUUAUUUGAAGUGAACCAUUGGCUGUCAAAGCCCCAGCAGCAAAAAUGCUGGAUUUCUUGAACCCCUGCUGAAAACAGUAGGGACACUUCCUUAUUUAUGUUACAUGAUGGAACACGAUUUCCCUCGUCUUCGAUACUACAUGGCUUCUACAAGUGGUACAGUGCUGUCAUAAAGUCUUUAUUAGUUGCCAGUAGAAGCAAAUAUCCGCAGUAACUUGGUACUUCACACAUGUAUGGAGAGUACUACAAACUAAUGCUGAUAUUUAAGCAGUCGUAUGUACUGCAUAAUUUCAGAAAGUUGUGCACAUGUAGUUAGAUAUUUCAUGAAUCUCUAUGAUCAGUCAAUACAUUCACUGCCACCUUUACUAAGUGCGUAACUGAUCCCAGUAGUUGGUGUAUUUUUUAGGGGAUUGUGUGAAAUAUAAUAUACCUCUUAGUAGUUGCACUGUUAUAUUUGAUUUUCUUCAAAGAAACUGUCAAAAUGCUGCAUGAUAUAUGCAUCAGUGCCACUGUUAAAUUGUGAACAUACUCUAAACCGGUGAAUGUGCAUGUUCAUACUUCGUUUAUGAGGGUUUACAUUGCUGUAUAAUUACAUAGAAAUACAGAAUUAGUUUCUGUUGUAGGCAAAUAAUAGUUCAGUCCAGCUAAAUUAUUCAUUGCUGAAGUUGCAUUAUGCACUGUAUUUGAAUAAAAAUUACCUAAAAUUUCA